ACUAUGUUGCUUUCUUGUCGGGACUAUGCUAUCUCUGGGCUGUUUUCUUCAAGCCAUUCUAUGGGUUGAGGCUUCUCUGUUCAGACUUGUCUAACUAGUUUCAUUUCAACUAUUUGUAAUUUGUUUUAAUUUCUUUCGGCCGUAUACCUCUAAUACAUCUAGAGAUGGCAUGCAGUUGAUUAGAAAGUCAAGCUCAGGGGGUUCAGACCUUCACGAUCAUAUUCUUCCUCCUGCAGAUGAUGUAUCGAACAGUGGGAUUUGGCACCCGAGGCAGAGGUUUGGAACCAUGGAUGAUUGCCCUUCUCACUGUGUUAUUACUGACAGUGGUGUCAGUGACCAUUGGUGUUCUGGCUCACUUGUUAGUCUCUGGCCAGAAAAUAGAGUAUUAUCAUGGCACCUUUAAAAUUUCAGUUCUACGAGUCAACACUAAUUCUGGACAAAGCAGCACAUACCAACUUAAGGACUUACGGGAGAUGAGUGAGAAUUUGGUGGAUGAGAUAUUUAUAGAUUCAGCCUUGAACAAGCAUUAUAUCAAGAACCAAGUAGUCAGAAUGACUCCAGAGGAAGAUGGUGUGAAAGCAGAUAUCAUUAUGGUGUUCCAGUUCCCCUCUACUGAGCAAAGGGCCUUAAUAAAGAAGAAAGUCCUAAGCAUCUUAAAUCAGAAGAUAAGGAACACAAGAGCCUUACCCAUAAAUGCCUCUUCAGUUCAAGUUAAUGCAAUGAGCUCAUCAACAGGGAAGCUAACUGUCCAAGCAUGUUGUGGUAAACGAGUUGCUCCAUUAAUAGUCAACAGAAUAAUGUCUGGAGACAUUGCGGCCAAGGCUGCCUGGCCUUGGCAAGCUUCCCUUCAGCGUAAUAACAUACAUCAGUGUGGGGCCACCUUGAUCAGUAAUACGUGGCUCAUCACUGCAGCACACUGCUUUAUGAAUAAUGCAAAUCCACAUCAAUGGACUGUUAGCUUUGGGACAACAAUCAACCCUCCAUUAAUGAAAAGAAAUGUGAGAAGAAUUAUCGUCCAUGAAAGAUACCGCUCCCCGGCAAGAGAGUACGACAUUGCUGUCGUGCAGUUCUCUCCCAGGAUCACCUUUACUGACGACAUUCGCCGGGUUUGUCUGCCAGAAGCCUCUGCAGUCUUCCAACCAAAUUCCACUGCCUAUAUCACAGGAUUUGGAGCACUCUUCUAUGGUGGGGAAUCCCAAAAUAAUCUUCGAGAAGCCAAACUGAAAAUCAUAAGUGAUGAUGUGUGCAAGCAACCACAUGUAUAUGGCCAUGAUAUAAAAUCUGGAAUGUUUUGUGCUGGAUAUCUGGAAGGAAUAUAUGAUGCCUGCAGGGGUGAUUCUGGGGGACCUUUAGUUGUAAAGGAUCUUAAAGAUACCUGGUAUCUCAUUGGAAUUGUGAGCUGGGGAGAUAACUGUGGUCAAAAGAACAAACCUGGAGUCUACACAAAAGUGGUUUAUUACCGAAACUGGAUCACUUCAAAAACAGGCCUCUAAUUCACUAUAAAAGUUAAAUAUUGAGAGCUGUAAGCAGGCUAUAUGUGUAUGAGAAUUUAAAUAGUCAGUGAAUGUAGUACAAUGAGGUGAGGUUAAAUGACUAUUUAUUUUAGAAUCACUUCAAUUAAGCAAUAACCCAUAGCCAAUUUAUAAGGAAUUUAAAUCCUUAUAAACUUGUUAAGUAGUGGGUCAGUUUAGCCUGGAAGAGAGAAUACAGCAGAGACACUCAGUUCUCUACAUCAUUCAAGCUGGAGUAUAAAAGAGAUGUAAUGCGAAUUUUUGAAAAUAAUCCAUGAUUUUUAGAAUGUCUUUAUCAAGAAGGUCCCCUUAAGUGAGAAAGUUUUUAAUCUCUUAAAGAGUUCAGGAAAACCUUAUACAAUUUUUUAUCAUUUCUCCUGAGCUCACAAACACUUUUUUAAAAUUUUUCCUUAUUAUUCCAAGUUUUCCAAAGAGAUUUUUCACCAUAAUACAUUUUCUACUUAUAAACCCUUUGGAAGGAUCCUUGAGGAAAAAAAAAAGUUAUAUCUAGGAAACAAAGUAUGGUGAUAAAUCAAGCCAUAGAUCUUCUAACCUUUCUCUAUUGUGAAACCUCCCUAAUAUUUUGGUAAUUUUUUUUAACACGAACACAUAGAGAAAGAGAAAUACUGAUUUAUAUAACCAGAGAAAUCCUGAUUAAUAAAUGAGCAUACAUAAUAAUUAGCUAAUCAAAAAUGUAUCUUUGGUACAAAAACUGGGGGGGAAGUUGAUGGUAACUUCAUGAGUCAUUACAAAACAAUGGCGCAAAAAUUUGACAUUUCACCGAUGCAUUUACAUAUUUGAACCACCAGGGGAUGGCUCUGUACAUUACUGCAAGGUUAAAUGCCUUGAAAAAAAUUGAGAAUUUGCUAAUAUGUUGAAUAAUCAAUGAGCUUUGUCUUUCUACAUAGAAAGAAACAUUCAUACUUUUGAAUUGCUGCAGCCAAUUAUCUCUUAAGGCUUGCGGCAGUAGCCAAACUAUUCCAACAAUGAAACACUAGUUUUAAAAUUUUUUAAUGAACAUAAACGUUAAGGACCUACCACAUGAACACAUGAACAAAGUGAUCUGAAAAACCAAAUGUACCCCCAAAGUAAAGUGUCUCAUGAAGACAUUAGGAGAGUUAGGCUUGUGUAUUCCAUGAUACAAUUAAACGAAGGCUUUGUGGUUACUCUGUGACAAUGUCAGCUAAACAUCAGGUUUAUGGGCAGGGCGUCAUUUAUUCAUAUAGUCCAAAAAUAAGCCAAACCAUUGAAAAAUUGAAUUACUUUAUACUAAUGUCACCCCAUGGGUUAUUGAUAAGGCAUGAAAAUAAUCCUACAAUAAUCUAAAAGACACUAACAAUUUAUUCACACACACACACACACACACACAAAUCCAUAACCUAGACUCGCAGAAUUUGAAAGCUUAGGAAAGACUGCAAGUCAUGCAGGCCAACACCUAUGGUUCAGACAGCUGAAGCCAGGAAACGUAAAUGACUUGGUGAGCCUAUAAGUAGUUUGUAUCCCCAGUGGGCCUAGAGCCCAGGUACCAAUUUCACAUGCCCUUUCCCUUACAAAGUCCCUUUCUGAUCACCUAUAUUUAUUAAAUAAUCAGAUCUAUAAGAAUUUCAGUGACUUCUAUUGAAUCUAUUUUAAAUUAGAAAAUUCUUAAAAAUUUUAAAUGAUAUGAUUCACUUGGGCAGCUGGCUGCCAAUUCUCUGAACUCAUUUCAAGAUAAAGUUGCUUCUUCACAUAUAAAAAUAUAUAUAGCCUAACAAAUUAGUUGAUAUUGUGGUGGUAAGAUAUAAAUCUGACUUUUAAUGUUAAGAUUCAAGAAAUGACCCUAGAGUUAUAAACUUUGUUUGGUAAACUGUUCCAUGCACCAUUUCAUUCUGGUUCACAUAUAAGCAAGUACUGAUAUAUCAUUUUAAAUCUAAUAAUAAAGUUGAUGAUUAGAGCAUUCUACAAAUAAUAUCACUGAAUCUGUGUUAGGCCAAAUCUUAGCAUGAAUCUUACAACUGCUGUUAAGAAUUUCAUUUCUUUUAAAUAACUAGUUUGGGUCAUUUUGAUUAUUGUGAUAACCAAAAAUAUCUCCACACAUUGACAAAUGUGCCCUGUUGAGAACUAUUGUUCUGAAAGCAUUUGAUCAUUUUUAGAAAUGCAAGAGAUGGGGCACCUGGGUGGCUCAGUUGGUUGAAUGUCCGACUCUUGGUCU